AUGGCGAUACACCUCAGAAAGUCCGUGCUUGUCUGCGGAGGGCUCUUCGUUCAGAUUUGUCUUUUCUAUCCUUCUAAAGCCGAUGCUGCAGUAAAUGUUAGUGCAAAUGAAGGAGGCUUUCUUGCUCGGCAAGAGCCUGAACCCGUUGUAGACGGUGGCGAUGAACAGUCUAUUCAGGAAGCUCUAGAAGAAGCAAAAGCAGUACUAGCAGCAGCAGAAGCAGCAGCAGCGGAAGCAGCUGCUGAUACUGAAGUUGCUGGCUUCUCUAGCGAAGAUGAAACAGAAGAGGUAGGAGAGUCUGCAAAUACCCUACAAGCACCGGCUACCGACACCACCGGCACUGCAACAGCAACAGCAGCAGCUCCAUCUGCUGCUGCUGAUGAGGCUACUGCAGCUGCUGCUGCUGCUGACGAGGUAGCUGCUGCUGCUGAGGAGGAGGAGGCUGAGGAGUCUCCAUCUGAAGGUGGUGGUGAGUCUAGCAGCGAUUCUGACGAUGGGGGGUCUCUACUAGGCAACCUAUUUGCAGAGGAAGAAGCAGAAGACGAUGAAGAAGCCUCUAUCGUUGUCCGUCGCUUAACAUCUCUAGAAAGUCUUGAUGAUGAGGAACCUGAAGAUGCCAAGAGGGCAGCAGCAGGAGAAAAAGAAGCAGAAUCAGACCCUCUUGCUGCAAUCCAGCAGUUUCUUGCAGAGGAGCUACAGGAGCCUCUUAUCCCCGAGGGAGCAGAAGAAGGCAUGCAGAAGACAGCAGCAGAAAUCAUGCAGCAGCUAAUGAAUGUCGGCUUGGGGCUGCAGCAAGCAGCAACAGGAGGCCUGAACAUUGCUGAGCUUGGGGAGAAGAAAGCUGAAGAAAUUUAUAACGUAGUAAAGGGAGUUAUGCAAGAGCUUCAGGCACGGAUGGGUGGUGCUGAGGAGGCGCUGGAGGCUGCUGCUGCUGCAGUGAACUCUCCUGCUGCUGCUGCUGCUGCUUCUGCUUUAGCAGAAGCAUUCCCGUCGAUGCUACAGGAUCUGGUUGCCCUAUUGGGAGAUAGCAGCAGCAAGAAGCAGCAGGAGGCUCUCUUAAGCCUUGCAAAGGAUACUCUUAGUGUGUUAGAAGGGGAAGCAGCAGCGCGAGCAGCAGCAGGAGAUGCAGCAGCAGCAGCAGCUGCUGCUGCUGAGAUGCAGAGACAGAGGGAGAAGGUUAAACUCACCGCUAUAUCUGCUGCAGAGCUACGGGUUUCCUUAAGGGAGUUCAUUGAGCGGCUCUCUGAUCUUGUUUCGCACACAGUACAAGCAGCAGCAGAGAAGCAGGGAAAAGCAGCAGCAGCAGCAGCAGCAGCAGCAACUGAUGUCAUAGGUGAUGCAACUCUCAUUGCCCAAGAAGAAGCAGAAAAACUGAAGACAUCAGCAGGGCGUACAGCUGAGCUCCUAAAACAAUACUUCCUACAAAACAUAGAAGGAGCUGCAGAUACACUAGAGAAGACAAACCCUGAAUUACUUGAGUUGCUUCUUAGGUUUUAUAGCCUCCUAGCGACGGGCGCCCAAUAA